GCCGCGGUAGGCGGGGACUUCCUGAUCCUUUUUGUUAUUUUUCGGCGGUGGAGGAUAGCCAACCUGAUCCCGUCCAGCCAAUCACUGAACAGAGGACUUACCUAACCCGAUGCGAUUGGUUGGAGAUGCGUUCCAGGCUCCGCCCUGCCUUUCACAAGGAGGGAGAUUUAAACCGUGGAGGUGGAGACAGACUCCUUAGAACUACGCCGGUGAUGUUCUUGGUGGAUGAUGCAGUGUGCACGAUUUGGGACUGAGAGCUGGGCUCCCGGGAGCAGCAGACCUUCAACUCGGCCCUUCUCUCUUGGAGUAAAGAUGGUGAGUGUGGGUGUGGGUCCGGGUCCAAGCCCAGGUUUGAAACAAAGCUCAAGGUCCAUGUCUAAUGUGGAGACAGAUGAAUCUGUUUUGAAAAGGAGGCAGAAGCAAAUAGAUUAUGGGAAAAACACUAUUGGAUACCAGUGCUUUGUCCAGGAGGUUCCCAAGGCUACUCGGCAGUUGGGCAUUCAUCCAUGCACGCCGAAUAAAUACAAGAAAUACAGUCGCCGCUCAUGGGACAUGCAGAUCAAGUUGUGGCGAAGGGCACUACAUAGCUGGGACCCACCUGGACUUGAGAGGGAAGAGCUGGCGAACAAGGUGAACCACCUAUCUCAUUUCUCAAAUGAAUGGCCUGAGGCUCAGAGGACACUGGAAAACACGUGUAAAGAAGCCUUGGAAGGACAGUUUGCUGAAUUGUCACCUUUUGGCCUCUUUUCUCCUUGGCUGCCUGAAAACAUUCCUUCCAACGGGGAAUAUUUCCUGGAAUGCAUGGAAGGCUCUCCAUAUUGCUCCUGGCUACCAAUUUCUUCUCCUGGGACCACUAAACAGCUAACGCUAUAGAAGCUACAGUGUCUUAAAGGGGAAACCCUGGGAUAUCUUCAUACCUUUUACCUUUGUGAUCUAUUUGUGGCCCAUAGCUGAUUAUGAUAUCCAUAAUUUUGCUGUGGAUUAAAAACAUUUCUGCAUUUGUGA